CCCCUAAAACGAACCAACUUCGUGAACAAAAACCCAAAUACACAUUAUUAUUAUAUAAAAAGAUAUAAUUUAAAAAGUGUAAUUCAUAAACACUCAUACACUACACACACCCCUCAACACAACAACUUUUCUCUGACACUUCCGAUUCCCCCCUGCGUCACUCACUGCGAGUGCUAUCACCACAUUUCCAACCGUUUCUUCUUCUUCUUCUUCUUCCCCAAAACCCAAUUUUCCUUUCUUGCGCAACAAGUUUCCCUGUAAACAACCAACAUCAAUGCAAACAAAUAUGCAAUAUCUCCCCAUUAAAACACAUAUUCAUUACUCUGUUUCACCAUUUUACCCCUUUUGCCGAUUUACAACACAUAAACAAAUCCCCCUUCCAUAGUAACUAUUCACACAACUUCCUUAAUUAUCCUCCCUCCAUUAACGGUUACUUUUUUCAAUUUUAUUUUUACCCAGUUUAUCGGAAACCCACAACCGCCUGUAACGGCUCCUCUACAAAUAUAUAAAUAUAAUCCAAUCUAUCUCCUCUAGGGUUCUCAAAACCCUUCAACAUUUUCACAAUGGCAAGACAAAACCAAAACCAAAACCAGAACCAGAACCGGAACCAGAAUAAUAACAACAAUAAUGCGGUUCCGAAUGCCCCGGAACCCGAAGAGUUCAGUUUAAAAGAGACGAGGCCGAGUUUAGGCGGAGGGCGGGUUCCGGGGAACGAACGAUUCGGAACCGCAUUUGAUCUUGUAGAGCAAAUGCAUUAUUUAUACAUUAGAAUUGUCAAGGGUAGGAGUUUGGCGCCAAAACAAGGUAACAAUUCAAAUGAGUCACCUGAUCCUUAUGUGGAAAUUAAGCUUGGUAACUUCACUGUUUGUACGAAUCAUGUUGAGAAGAACCCGAACCCGGAAUGGAACCAGGUGUUUGCGUUCGCCAAGGAUCGGGUUCAGUCGUUAACGGUUGAGGUGACUGUGAGGGAUAAGGAGGGUGGGGAGGAGGAUAAUUCGAUUGGUGGUGUGGUGUUUGAUGUUGUUGAGGUGCCUGUUAGGGUGCCGCCGGAUAGCGCGUUGGCGGCUCAGUGGUAUAGGUUGGAGAAUGGGAGUGGUGGGGAGUUGAUGGUGGCGGUUUGGAUGGGGACGCAGGCGGAUGAGGCGUUUCCGGAUGCGUGGCAUUUGGAUUCGGUUUCGGUUAGUGGGGAUGGGGUCGCGAAUAUUAGGUCGAAAGUGUAUUUGUCGCCGCGCCUUUGGUAUGUUCGGGUUCAUGUGAUCGAGGCGCACGAGUUGAAUAGUAACAGUAAUAGGCAGUCUGAGGUUUUAGUGAAAGGUAUGGUUAUGAAUAUGAUUUUGAGGACAAAGGCUUUGUCGAAACCGAUGUGGAAUGAGGAUUUGAUGUUUGUUGUAGCCGAGCCGUUUGAAGAACAGUUGGUUUUAACGGUCGAAGAAAAGCUCGGGAACAAGGAGGAAGUUGUUGGGAAGUGUUUGAUUCCGCUGAAUAGUGUCGAAAGACGGAUGGAUAAUCGAGUUGUAAGUAGUAAAUGGUAUAGUCUUGAGAAGCAUACACGAGGCGAAAACGGGGAGGUGAAUGUAGUGCAGUUGAAUAGCAAGAUUCAUAUUCGGGUUUGUUUGGAUGGCGGGUAUCAUGUUCUCGACGAGUUGACUCAGUAUAGUAGCGAUCUCCGAGCGACUCAUAGGCUGCUCGGGUCCCCGAGCAUUGGUGUGUUGGAAUUGGGGAUCUUGAAUGCUAAUGGGCUAACGCCUGCGAAAACAAGAAACGGGCAUGGGGCGGUUGAUGCGUAUUGUGUAGCGAAAUACGGGCAGAAGUGGAUCCGUACAAGGACCGUGAUCGAUUCUUUGAAUCCGAAAUGGAAUGAACAGUAUACGUGGGAGGUUUUCGACCCGUGUACGGUGAUCACAAUAGUUGUGUUUGAUAACAAUCAUUUACAAGGGGUUGAUAACGGUGGUGGAGCUAAAGACGCACGAAUCGGGAAGGUAAGAAUACGGUUAUCUACACUUGAAACGGAUCGCGUGUACACUCAUUCGUAUCCUUUGAUCGUGUUACACCCAUCGGGUGUGAAAAAAAUGGGCGAAAUCCAGCUUGCGGUUCGGUUUACAUGUGUUUCGUUGAUGAAUUUGAUGCAAAUGUACACUCAACCUUUGUUACCGAAUAUGCAUUACAUUCACCCGUUAACCGUUUUCCAGCAAGACAGUUUAAGGCACCAAGCGACUCAUAUAAUGGCGGUGCGGUUGAACCGGGCUGAGCCGCCUUUGCGAAAAGAGGUUGUGGAGUACAUGCUCGAUGUGGGUUCGAACAUGUGGAGUUUGAGGAAGAGUAAGGCUAACUAUUGCAGGCUAAUCGAGGUUCUUUCGAGUGUCGUUACGUUUUGCAAAUGGUUCUACCACGUUUGCAUGUGGACUAGCCCGGUGCUCACGGUUCUCGUGCACGUUUUGUUCUUGAUCCUUGUUUACAACCCACAAAUGAUCUUGAGUUUUAUGCUGGUCUACGUGAUCGUGAUCGGGAUCUUGAGGUAUCGAUCACGAGCACGACACCCUCCACACAUGGAUAUCAAACUAUCUUAUGCUGAUAGGUUGAAUGGAGAUGAGCUUGAUGAAGAAUUCGACGGAUUUCCAAGUACUAAACAUGGCGACGCGCUAAAAAUGAGGUAUGAUCGACUCAGGAGCGUGGGGUCCCGGAUCCAGACCUUGAUCGGUGACGUGGCGACUCAAGGGGAGCGGGUUCAGAAUCUGGUAACGUGGCGUGACCCGCGAGCCACCACUAUGUUUUUGUUCUUUUGCUUUGUGUUGGCUAUUGUGCUCUAUGUGGUUCCGGUUAGAGGGGUCGUGGUGGCGGUCGGGCUGUUUGUGAUGAGGCAUCCUAGUUUACGAAACCGGCUUCCUUCGGUCCCGAUGAACUUUUUCAGAAGGUUGCCGGCGAGAACUGAUGGAUUGUUGUGAUAACCUCAUAUUGUUAUCGCGCGAUAUUAAGUUUAUAGGUUUAUAAGUUACAAUAUUUUGAAUCUGUUUUGGGUAGUUUGGAUCAUAGAUUAUAGUUUAAUGAGAUGACAAAUCCUAUCUAUAAUGUUUGGUUAUAGAAUAUUAUUCUUGUUUGGUAUCAA